AUGGACGGCAGCGCCCCCAGUGGCCUUCCCAGGGACGGCAGUGCUCUCAGGGGCCCUCUCAGGGACGGUAGCACCAACAGGGCCCUGUCAAGGGCUUUUCCAGGGACAGCUGCAAUCCCAGGCACCCUCUCAGGAAUGGAAGCGAUCCAAGAGGCUCUCCUAGGGACAUUGGCACUCCCAGGGGCCCUCUCAGGGAAGGUGGCGCCCUCAAGCGUCCCGUCAGGGGCGCUAGAUCCCCCAAGGGAUUUCACCGGGAAAGCUGCUCUCCUCGGGCCCCUACCAGGGACAGUGGCGCCUCCAUUGUUUUGGGGCGCCGCCUCCCCUAGGAGGACCUAUUGGUCCCUGGAAGCAAUGGUGCCCCAUGAAGAGGCCUGGAGGGAGCCACCGCCUCUGGAAGGGCCCUUGAAGGCACCACAGCCGCUGGCAGGGCCUCUGGGAGCACCGCGGCAGCUCGGAACGUGCCUGGAGGCGCCCCCGUCCCUGGAAAGGCCCCCAGGGAUCAUGACUGCCGCUGGGCUGCAGCCCCCAAGUGGGCCCUCCUAG